UACCAAAUCUACCAGUGAAGGUGUUUUCAGAAUUUGUGAGCUUUUUUGUUUGUUUCUUGGUGUUGUAGUUUUAAUAAUAAAAACAACAUCUAAAUAUGAGACCUCAGCUCAGAAAAGCCCCACAGGUUUUUGAAUUCUUGAAAAAGAAAGUGGUGGGAGUGCAGCACACUAUGCCCAGGUCCUCCGCUUGUGCUCUAGACUCCAAGGAUGUCAGUUUGGCACCCUGUGGACACGGUGUCACCUCCAUCCCAGGACCCACCAGCUGGCCAGUGGUGGGUAGCCUGUUAGAGCUCCUUCUAAAAGGAGGCUUGAAAAGACAACAUGAGGCACUGGUUCACUAUCACAAGAAGUUCGGGAAGGUUUUCAAAAUGAAGUUGGGAUCUUUUGAAUCGGUCCACAUCGGUGAUCCUUGUCUCCUGGAAGCCCUGUUUAGGAAAGAGAGCAACUGUCCGCAGAGGCUGGAGAUUAAACCCUGGAAAGCAUACAGAGACUACCGAGAUGAGGCGUAUGGGCUCAUGAUACUGGAAGGAAAGGAUUGGCAAAGGGUCCGCAGCGCAUUUCAGCAGAAGUUAAUGAAACCCAGCGAAGUGAUGAAACUGGAUCGGAAAAUCAAUCAGGUCAUGGCAGACUUCAUUGAAAGAAUGGGGACUAUUACUGAUGCAAACGGCAGAAUAGAAGACCUAUACUGUGAACUGAACAAGUGGUCAUUUGAAACUAUCUGCCUGGUGCUCUAUGACAAGAGGUUUGGGCUCCUGCAGAAAGAGGUGGACAAAGAAGCUUUAAACUUUAUAAAGGCAAUAAAAACAAUGAUGAGUACUUUUGGCACAAUGAUGGUGACUCCAGUGGAACUUCAUAAAAGCUUGAACACAAAAACCUGGCAGGACCAUACAGAUGCCUGGGACUGUAUAUUUAAUACAGCAAAAGUCUACAUUGACCAGAGACUGAGUGCACAUGCAGCAAAUCCAGCAGAUGACUUUCUGUGUGAUAUCUACCACAGCAAUGAUCUCUCCAGGAAGGAGUUGUAUGCUGCUACUGCAGAGCUGCAGAUCGGAGGGGUAGAAACAACUGCCAACAGCUUACUGUGGGCAAUCUUCAAUAUCUCCCGGAACCCGCGUGUCCAGGAAAAACUCCACAAGGAAAUUCAAGAUGUGAUUUCAGUUAACCCGAUUCCCACUGCGAAAGACAUUACGAAAAUGCCUUAUCUUAAAGCUUGUCUGAAAGAGUCUAUGAGAUUAACACCAUCAGUUCCAUUCACAAGCAGGACAUUAGACAAAGAAACAGUGCUGGGGGAUUACAUACUGCCCAAGGGGACCGUCUUGAUGAUAAACAGCCAGGUGUUGGGAUCCAAUGAAGAAUACUUUGAUAAUGGCAAGCAGUUUAAGCCUGAACGCUGGCUGCAAGACAGGAAUUCUAUCAACCCAUUUGCUCAUGUGCCAUUUGGCAUUGGAAAGAGAAUGUGUAUUGGGCGACGACUGGCAGAGUUACAGCUACAGCUAGCACUUUGUUGGAUCAUAAAAGAAUUUAGAACUGUGCCUACUGAUCUCGACCCUGUGGAAAUGAAUCAUUCAGGAAUCCUCGUUCCUAGCCGGGAGAUGCCAGUUGCAUUUAUCAGACGAUAAGGUAACCCAUGCAAGACGUUUUUACACUUCAUC